UCCAUCUCUCAACUUAUUCCUGUCAUUUUAUCUUUCCCUCUCCGCUCCCUUUCUCUUGGCUGCCCUCAAGCUCUGAACUUUGCAAAAGCUCCUGCAUUUACAUUGGUUAAUUUGUUUGCAGAAAAGGGAUACUUUGUUUAAUUGUGGCCAAGCUUUAUCAAUAUUUCUGGGCUAAAAUCUAAGCUCUUCUUGGAUUAUAUGAGGUUUGCAGUGUGGUGUGCUUUUGUUGCAAAAGUUGCCAGCUGCAGUCAACUAUGCCAGGAAAAGGUUUUCUGAAGGCACUGCCCAUAUUAGCCACAUCGGCUGCUGUGAUCCUUGGUGGAGCAUUUACUAUCUCUGCUGUUACCUCUUCACUUGUUCGAUAUGGUAUCUCAAAGAAAAAGGAAAAAUAUGGAAGGCCUUGUAGGGCAUGCAAAGGAAGGGGUUUUUAUCCCUGUAAGCUAUGCAAAGCAAGUGGUACCAUUCAGUGGUCACCAUUGUAUGAUCCUUUGGUUAUAAACCCAUGUCUUUGCCCCACUUGCGAUGGGUUAAAGGUGCAACAUUGUCUCAACUGUUUGGGAUCUGGCUUUGUAUAACAUAUGGGGCUAAAAGGACCAACACUCAGGAUCUUUUGUUUCUUAUGUAGUAUUCAGUUAGUCAUUCAUUUGCCUCUGCUGGCUAUGCUGGAAUACGAAUAGAGUAUGUUUGCGGGUUCAAUUUUCUGGAAUUCAACUUUAGAGGCUAUGAGACACUCUUGUUGUGCUUGACAUAAAAGGCUCGAUUGCCCAUUCAAAGAGGUUUAGCAGAAUGGUCUGCACUAAGAUAUCUAAUCCGUUGCUCAAGGACAUUAACAUAAUUGAGAGUGAUUAUUCAAGAAAACUAGUCACAGACAACAAAUUAUAGUUUGACCAUUGAGUCCUGUAUUAUAAUUCAGUUUUAUGGAAUUUUGAACGCAGCUGGUGCUUCUACAUGGUACCAAUUAUGGUGCUUAUAAAGUGGACAUAUGUAGAUUAAUGAUUAACAUCCUCUUGAUCUUAAUUUUGCUCUUUGUAGCAAAGGCGUGAUUUUCCUUCCAUUCACACAUGAAUUAGAGCUGACAAAUAAUGUCCGUGUUUGUUGUUUUAUGAAGUUUGCUGCAGAUAAAUUACUUAAAUGCUGAUGAACUUGGGAAUAGUGGCUUUGGUUCUCAUGUUAUGGACGUUAUUCGUGCCCAUAUGGAGUUCUUUUCUUAUUGGCUUAUCAGAAAAUCCAGAGUAUCAAUUAAACAUGCAUCAUAAAAUGGUCAUUCUCAAGUGAAACAUAAUGGUUAUUAUCAUCUUCUGUUUGUUGUAA